AUGCUCUUUUCGUACAUAGAGAACCUUGAUGGCCUGAAGUGGCUCCAAGUACUGAACUUGUCCUUCAACCAGAUCCAGAAGAUGGAGCACCUGGCCCACCUGACCCGUCUGAGGGAGCUAGACCUGAGUUGUAAUUGCAUCAUUAAAAUCGAGGGUAUUGAGACCCUGCUACACCUUCAAAUCCUCAACCUCUCCCACAACUUGAUAGAGACCAUACCAGCUUCGCUUGGCAAGAAGCUCAAAGCCAUGAGGGAGUUCCACAUGGAAGGCAAUAUGCUCUUUUCGCUCAGCGAUGUAGCUAGACUACGACCCCUGAAAGAUCUGGUGAGUCUGUCCCUUUCAAACAAUCCUCUGUGUGACCUUGCCCAUUACCGACUGUAUGCAGUCUUUCAUCUUAGGACUGUGGGGCUUCUGGAUGGGCAGCCAGUCAUUGAGAAAGAGAGAGUGGAGGCAGAGGAGAGGUUUGCUCAAGGUAUGUCUGGGAGGGAUUAGUGGAGGUGAUGAUGAUGAUAAUGGAGAUAGUGGAGGUGAUGAUGAUGGUAAUGUCUACGGUAGUCAGGGCCCUUAAGGCCACAAUUUGAAGUUUUGGGGACAGAGUUUACAAAAGCACUUAACUUUCACUAUGUCACUAUAAGGUCAAUAGCUUUUUUUUUUUUCCACAGAACAUGGUGUUGAAAAUUGCACCUUCAUGCAAAAAUAUGCUAAUUUAUGUAAAUUUGCAGUAAUUUAUGUGAGAAGCUAUAUACCAAUAGGAAAUAUAAAGU